CCCGCCGCGAGCUCAAUCUGGUUCGCUCCUUCUUCCGCCUCACCGCUCGCUCUCCUCCCACCCAUCCUCCCCACUCAAUCACCACCACCGCCAUGGACCGCGAAAUCCUCCCCGCCGUCGUCAAACCGACUCACUACUCGCUCUUGAUCUACGAUCUUGACUUCUCUGCCUUCACAUUCAAGGGCGCCGUCAAGAUCGAUGUCGACGUGCUCGAGAAGGCCGCUGAGAUCAAGCUCAAUGUGCGCGAGAUCGACGUCAUCAAGGCCGCCGUCUCGCUCGAGUUGAACAAGACUACCUCGGAAAUUGCCGUCUCGUCAAUUGACACCGAUACUAAGGCCGAGGUCGUCACGCUGACUCUCGCUGAGCCAAUCCCGACCGAGGCUGCUCGCGCUGCCAUCACCAUCGAGUUCGCUGGUACGAUGAACGACAAGAUGGCUGGUUUCUACCGCUCAAAGUACACCGACGCCGACGGGAAAGAGGCAUACAUGUACUCCACUCAAUUUGAGGCCACUGACGCUCGUCGUGCCUUCCCUUGCUUUGACGAACCUGCUCUUAAAGCCACUUUUGACUUUGCAAUCACCAUUCCGGAGGAAUGGACCGCUCUCAGCAAUAUGCCGGAGGUGUCAAGCAAGACGCCCGAAGACGGCAAGAAGGCGGGUACUGCAGGCACAAAGCUGAAGACUGUCACGUUUGCAACCACUCCCGUCAUGAGUACCUACCUUUUGGCCUGGGCUUUGGGAGACUUUGAGUACGUCGAGGCGUUUACCGACCGUCUCUAUGAUGGUAAGAAGAUCCCUGUGCGUGUGUACACUACCAAGGGUAUCGUCAAGCAGGGUCUUUACGCUCUUGAAGAUGCGCGUAAGAUUGUCGACUACUUUUCCUCGAUCUUUGAGAUCGACUACAUGCUUCCGAAGGUCGACUUGCUCGCCGUGCACGAGUUUUCUCACGGUGCCAUGGAGAAUUGGGGUCUUAUCACCUACCGCACCACCGCACUUCUAUUUGAUCCCGAGACGAGUGAUGCGAAAUACAAGAACCGUGUUUCGUAUGUUGUCGCCCACGAGCUUGCUCAUCAGUGGUUCGGUAACUACGUGACGAUGGCUUGGUGGAACGAGCUCUGGCUCAACGAGGGAUUUGCUACCUGGGUCGGAUGGCUUGCCAUCGACUACCUUUACCCUGACUGGGAUGUCUUUGGAGUUUUUGUGUCUGACUCUCUCCAGGGCGCUCUUGGGCUUGACUCGCUCCGCCAGUCUCAUCCUAUCGAGGUGCCUGUCAAGUCUGCGCUCGACAUUGACCAGAUCUUUGACGCCAUUAGUUACUUGAAGGGUGCUUCUUCUAUUCGUAUGAUUUCUUCGCACCUUGGCGUCAAAACUUUCUUGAAGGGAGUUUCUACCUACCUCAAGGAGCAUGCGUACGGAAAUGCCACGACCAAGGAUCUUUGGGAUGCUGUCGGACGCGCUUCAGGCAUCGAUGUGAACUCGAUCAUGAGCGAGUGGAUCACCAAGAUUGGUUUCCCUGUUGUCACUGUGACUGAGUCCGAGACCGGUGUCUCGCUUCGCCAGGACAGAUUUUUGGCCGCGGGCGACGUGAAGCCGGAGGAGAACGACACACAGUGGUGGAUCCCGCUUGGAAUUUUUACGGAUUCCGGUUCUGCGUCUGCUAUUUCGGGCGUGUCUGCUUUCUCAAACCGCGAGACUAUCUUGACCGGUCUCGGACCGGACGAUUUCUACAAGCUCAACAAGAACCAGACGGGUGUGUACCGGGUCAACUACCCUCCUGAGCGUCUUGCCAAGCUUGGGCGUGCUAUUGACAAGCUUUCGGUGACUGACAAGGUUGGUCUUGUUGCUGAUGCCUCCUGUAUGGCUCUCGCUGGUUUGGGAUCCACCGCUGGAAUCUUUGAGUUGGUCGACGGAAUGCGAAACGAGACAUCAUACAUUGUCUGGUCCGAGGUUUUCCAGCGUGUUGCCGCUCUCAAGUCUGUUUGGUUUGAGAAGGUUCCCGAGUCGAAGGCGCCUCUUCAGGCAUUCACCCGUUCGCUUGUCUCUCCUAUGGUUAAGAGACUUGGCUGGGAGUUCAAGGACUCGGACGAUUACCUUACCGUUCAGCUCCGAGUGCUUUUGAUUUCUGCUGCGGGUAACGCUGGCGAUGAAGAGGUUGUUGCGGAGGCUAAGGCGCAGUUUGCCAAAUAUGCCGCUGGAGACAAGAGCGCUAUUCAUCCUAACCUCCGUCGCGCCGUCUUCUCAAUUGUGAUUGGCCAGGAAGACGCUACCGACGAGGAAGCUCAGGCAGUUUACGACGUUAUCUUGAAAGAGGUUUUGACACCUUCGUCCGUUGACGGAAAGGAGAUUGCUCUGUUUGCUAUCGGCAAAGCGAGCAAGGAGAAGUUGAUCAAGGAUGAUCUCGAUCUUCUCCUUUCGGGCAAGGUUGCGGUUCAGGAUCUGCAUACUCUCGCUGCGUCGUUGGCUUCAAACUCCAAUGCUCGCUGGCUCUUGUGGGAGUUUGUCAAGACCAACUGGGAGACUAUCUACAGUCUCAUGUCGGGCAACAUGGUUAUUCUUGACCGGUUUAUUAAGUUUACUAUUGCGGGAUUCUCGUCAAUGAAGGCGUAUGAAGAUAUUGAGAAGUUCUUUGCCGACAAGGAUACUCAUGGAUACGAGCGAUCGGUUGGUCAGGGCCUGGACAUAAUCAAAAGCAAUGCUGCGUGGGUUGAGCGUGACGCGGCCGUUGUUGCAGGCUGGUUGAAGGAAAAGGGAUACUAAACUGAUUUAUAUUGAUUGAAGGUGUAUGUUUGAUAUAUUAUUAUACGUGUAGGGUUUCUGUGUUGUUAUUGAAGAUAGGAAAUCGAGAUGGUACAGAAGAACAUUCAUAGCUGUAACGAUUCUUUCUCUUGUUUUAAGUUCAGUCAGGUCAGUAGGUAACCGUACACGAAUCCC